AUGGUUCAGAAGCUGAAACUUAAUCGCUAUCCCUGUCGUCAAGAAAUUGGUGGAGUAGGAAACAGCCUGGUCGUUUCCAACCAAGCCGUAAACGUACGAAUGGGUUCGCAUUGUUCGAAUUAUAGUGCCGUGGAACUCUGCCACAUCCUAAAGAAGAUCACCCGAAGCGUUUUCGGUUGGGUUGCAGUUGGAAAGAUGGGAUUUCAGCACCAUGGAGGUCAACCGAAAGUAGCCCACGUUUGCAGCAUGGAGAAGUCUGAAGACUCAAUCUCUCGCUUUUGGGAACUGGAGUCCUGCUGGUCACUCUGUACACAAUCUCCCGACGAAACUUUCUGCGAAAUGCGUUUCGUAGCCAACACUUUUCGUGACGAGUUGGGGCGAUUCGUCGUAACACUAUCCAAGCGCACCGAUGUUCAGUCCCAGCUCGGGCGCUCCAAAAAUAUUGUGGUCAACAGAUUCCAUGCACUGGAACGUCGACUUGAUGCCAACCCAAAUCUGAAGCAGUCAUAUACUGCAUUCAUGUCGGAGUACUUGCAACUCAAUCACAUGCGAAAAAUCGACGACGCCAACGAUUGCUUCCCAUCAUACUACCUUCCACAUCAUGACGAAAAGGAGGAGGAUAGUACUACAAAGAAAUUGAGGAUAGUGUUCUACGCCUCAUGCCGUACUGACUCUGGUGUGUCACUAAACCAGACGCUUUUAGUAGAUGACUUGUACGCAAUCUCGCCUCACUUUCGGAUGCGUCAGUACGCCGUCGUCGUCGAUGCUGAAAAAAUCACCACCACUCGACCCGCAGGGACGUACUUUCGCGAGCAACAGAGUGCCUCUCUAGAAGAGUAG